UCAGACCUUCCUCCAUCAUGAACGUCUCCACAACCAAUCCCGAAUCAACUUUAAUCAGAAGGCACCACCGAGGAAAAAGACCUCCAUAUCCAUCGGAAUCAUCAGCAUGGUCAAAGCGGAGCUCGUGUUCGUUCCGUCACCGGGCUUGGGCCACCUGGUGUCGACGGUGGAGAUGGCGAAGCUCCUGGUCGACCGAGACCCCCGCGUGUCCGUCACCCUCCUGAUCAUUAAGCUGCCGUACGCAUCUCACUCCGGCAUCGAUGACCGGAUGCGAUCGCUCGCCGACUCGAUGGCUGCCCGCUUCCGGUUCGUUCAUCUUCCCGAAAUCGGCCUGAUCUCGGAGACCAACCCCAUCAAAAACCGCGAUCUGUGCAUCGAGAGCUCCAAGCCUCACGUAAAAGAAGCUAUCAGGCGGCUCACUGAGUCCGGCUCGGGCCCCGACUCGCCUCGGCUCGCGGGGCUUGUCGUCGACAUGUUCUGCACGACGAUGAUCGACGUGGCGAACGAGCUCCGGGUCCCCUCGUACAUGUUCUUCACGUCGAACGCGGCCUUUCUGGGCCUGAUGCUCCAUCUCCAGAGGCUGCGGGAUGAGCACGGAAUUGACUCGACCGAGUUCAAGGACUCGGACACCGAAUUGUACUUCCCAUACUUCACGAACCCACUGCCUGCCAAGGUCUUGCCCGCCAUAUAUCUGGUCAAGGAGGUCGCCCCGGCUUUUAUUGGCCACGCCAGGAGGUUCCGGGAAACCAAGGGCAUUUUCGUAAACACGUUCGCCGAGCUCGAAACGCAUGCGUUGAAGUCCUUGGUUGACGACACAAUCCCACCGGUUUAUCCAGUUGGACCCAUAUUGAACCUCGCGAGGUCGACCGGUGGCACAGGACCGUCCAAUGGUUUGGAGAUCAUGAAGUGGCUCGACGAUCAACCACAGUCGUCUGUGGUGUUCCUGUGCUUUGGAAGUCGGGGUAGCUUCGACCCGGACGCCGUGAGAGAGUUCGCCACCGCACUCGAGCGUUGUGGGCACCGGUUCCUGUGGUCCCUACGCCAGCCACCACCCAAGGGCAAGGUAGGACCACCGCGAGAUUACACAAAUCCCGAGGAGAUUCUACCCGAAGGGUUCCUCGAUCGGACGGUCGAGAUAGGGAAAGUGAUCGGGUGGGCCCCACAGGUGGACAUCCUGUCCCACCCGGCAGUCGGGGGGUUCGUGUCUCAUUGCGGUUGGAACUCCACGCUAGAGAGCUUAUGGUUCGGCGUGCCAAUUGCAGGAUUGCCCCUGUAUGCGGAGCAACAAUUCAAUGCUUUUGAGACGGUGGUGGAGUUGGAUCUCGCCGUGGAGAUUAAGAUGGACUAUAGGAGUGAUGUUUUGAUAAAGAGCGAGACAACAGUGACUGCUGAAGAGAUAGAGAGGGGAAUACGACGCGUGAUGGAGGCGGAUAGCGAAAAGAGGAAGAAGGUAAAGGAGAUGAGCGAGAAGAGCCGGAAGGCCUUGGAUGAGGGCGGUUCGUCGUGCUCAUCCCUCCGCCGUUUGAUCGACGAUAUCUUCAAUAAUAUGCCCCCGGUAAGAGCUGUAUCUUAAGAUGAAAUUUCGCGUGCCGUGGACGCAAUCGCUUGAUGUGUCCAAAGGAUUUCUCUUGAGUUUGGAUGGUCAUUGUAUCUCUAUCCUUAUUUGGAUUCAGUGCCACCGUAUAAUAAAUUCGAAGGCAGCAUUGUAAUGGAUGUUCCUGGUGAAUAUGGCUUCUGUAAAGCAGUUCCUUAUAUGUAUACUUGCAAUUUGCAACAUUGGGAAGACCCAAAUUUGCGAGGUUUUGGUUAA